AUGACAACCCGCCUGCAAGUCCCUCUAAAUGCCAUCACCUGCGCACUAUCCAGAACCAGUCCUACACGUCCGGUAUCCACCCGCCAAGCCCAUCUAUAUCGAACUCCAACACCUCGUCCAUUCUCCUCAGCCCCAGCAAACAUGUCCGGCCUAAUUGAUCUAGCUAAAAACAGGCGCACGAUCUAUAAGCUCGACAAGAAAAGUCCAGUCCCAGACUCCAAAAUCGAGGAGCUUGUCAAUGCCGCCAUCCUGCAUGUUCCCAGUGCAUUCAAUACCCAGUCUACACGCCUAGUCGUGCUCUUACAUGAACAGCACGAUAGACUGUGGGAUAUCGCCAUCGAGACUUUCCAAGGUCUUGUUAAUGGAGGUAAAAUUUCGCAAGAGAUGUGGGAGAAGCAGACGUUGCCCAAGCUACUUGGUUUUAAGGGGGCAUAUGGAACGGUCCUCUUCUACGAAGACCCAGCACACAUCAAACCCAUGCAGGAGAAAUUUGCUACAUACAAGGAUAACUUCCUGCCGUGGGCGGACCACUCCAAUGCUAUGCACCAGUACUUUCUCUGGACGGGCCUUGAAGCGCUCGGCUUCGGUGCAAACUUGCAGCACUACAGCCCGCUCAUUGACGCUGGCGUUGCAAAGCAGUGGGACCUGCCCAGUGAAUGGCGGAAUGUUGCUCAGCUAGUCUUUGGGGGUCCUGGAAAUGAUGCUGGAGAGAAGGUACAGAAGCCUGUUGAGGAAAGGGUUAAGAUUUUUGGGAAGCUGUAG